CAUGAUGGCAUAAGUCAGUGGAGGUGGAAAUUAUGUCAUAAUUAUUAUUUCUUAACAGCCAGUAGAUAAGAAUUAAACAAUUAAAACACAGUAUGUAGUUUGAAGGUAUUUUAAUUUGCUUUAGUUUUCAAUAUUACCUUAAAGAAAAUAAACGUGGAUCCUGAAAUAAUUAUGAAAUGGCAUUCAAACCAGUUUCCCACGUCCUUUUUGAUUUAGAUGGACUUCUCAUAGAUUCUGAAAAAAUUUACACUAAAAGCUUUGAAAUCGUGUGUGGAAAAUAUGGAAAGGUCUUCACUUGGGAAUUAAAUUCCACUAUAUUAGGUACUCAAAGCCAUGAAUGUGCUGACAAAAUUAUUAAAGUAUUAGACCUACCCGUAACAAGAGAUGAAUUUAUGAAUGAAUGCCAGGAAAUAAAUGAGCAACUUUUCUCAAAUGUCCAAUUAAUGCCAGGAGCAGACAAAUUAGUUUCACACCUACAUCAAAAAGGCAUACCCAUAGCACUGGCAACAAGUUCAAGCGAAGAUAGUGUGAAUAAGAAAAUGAAAGACCAUACAAAUUUUUUGAACAAAUUCCACCACCUUACAAUGGGUUCUUCAGACCCAGAAGUAACUAAGGGAAAACCUGACCCUGCCAUAUUUUUAGUCUGUUCCUCUAGAUUUAGUGAUAAACCAAAGCCUGAAAAGUGCCUAGUUUUUGAAGACGCCGUGAACGGAGUCAAAGCAGCGCUCGCAGCUAACAUGCAAGUAGUAGCCGUACCUGAUCCCAGAAUCGACAAACAAGAACUUAGUAUUGCUACGUUACUUUUAGAUUCUUUGGAAGAUUUUAAACCAGAGCUUUUCGGUUUACCGGCUUACGAUUAAAACGCAAAUAAUUUCCGAAAUCCGAAAUCUGAAAGUAUUGAACUAAAUAAGAAAUUGAAUAAAAAAAAAACUAGUUUAUAUCCUCAAACUGUGAACGAAUUAGGUAUAGCUUUUAUAUUUUGACAUUUCCGUUGUCAUUUGACAAUCGAUCUUUUUACAAAAUUAAUCGAAAAAUUUUAUCUCACAAUCUCAAUACAUUAUUUUGUAUACGGCAAAAUGUUAUAUAAUUGGUUACGGUUAAAUGUAAGCUUCAAUAGCUAUUUAGCUAUUAAGACCUACAACAGAAUAUAUGAAUAUAUAUUUGAAUACAGUUUACUUAAAAACUUUUUUAAAUAAUGCAGCUAUUUUUAAAUAUUUAUGUGAAUGUUCUUUAUUAUUAUUUUUGUUAACAUCUAUCAUUAUAGUAACUUAGAAAUGUUUUGAAGUGUUGUUCAGUGUUUUUUUAUUAUCACUGUUUUGUAAUCGCACAUCGUAGAAUAAGUAUUAAGAUGUAAUUUUUUGUACUUAAAUCGAUAGCCCAUUACUAUACUUUAGAAAUUUGCCCGGACCGCUACAAAAUAGGGACUUGACAGAAUAGAAGAAAUAUGAUACAUUAAAAAGGCACAAUGCUUAGUAUA